AUGUCGAAUCGACCGACGGCUUCACAACGCUUGGCCCUAGCCAGUCUCCUCGUUUCAGCUCUUGCGUCCGCCGACGUUCCAAUCUCCGUGCAACACGAUGCCACUUAUAUGCUACCGGAGUCUCGCGGCUUGUCGUGCUCAGGUAACGGAGCCGCGCCUGCGGGUACGAGCUGUCCAAUGGCCGGAGACCUGGCCUCUGCCGACUGCCAGUCUUACUUGCUGUCCUACAACGGAGCAACGUGUGUCGCACCGACCGAUGCUCAGUGUAUCAUCGUGAUCGAUGAUACAUGGGGAUGCGCAUUCCCUCAGACGGGAUACACUUCUGCUGCCGAUGCCGAAACGGCCACGGUGUACAGUGCUAAAGGAGCUGAUUAUGAACAAACGCAGGAUGCGCCGCUCAGCGUAAACUGCGAUGUGGCCUCAGACGAAACGACCGCUGGGGUAGCGACCGGAUACUAUGAUAGUGGCACGACCAUUGGCAGCUUCGGCGACACUUCUGGAGGAACGACAAAGGGUGGCGCGACCUCCGGUCACUAUGGUGGUACUACAACCACGACGACGACGGGCACCAAACAUCACUCGGGUGGCUUCGGUGCAACCGUCGGAGACGGCGGUACUACGAAUUACGCUACCAACGACGGCGAAAGCACCGGCAACGACGGAGCUCACACCGUUGACAAGAGCUACACGCAUACAAACGGCGGUGAAACAACAGGGCACUACGCUCAGCACAUUGACGACAACGAAGGAACGUCCGGGCACCACGGUCACCACAAAAACACCGGUCACCACGGUCACCACAAAGAAGGCACGGCCGGACACCACGUUCACCACAACGAAGGCACGUCCGAGCACCACGUUCACCACAACGAAGGCACGUCCGAACACCACGUUCACCACAACGAAGGCCCGUCCGACCACGACGUUCACCACAACGAAGACCCGUCCGACCACGACGUUCACCACAACGAAGGCACGUCCGGGCACUACGGGCACCAGGGUCACCACAAAGAAGGCACAUCCGCGCACUACCAGACUGGCGCCGAAGGAUACGGCACGACCCUAGACUAUCUGGGCGGUGGGUACGGCUAUGAAGUAGAACCUACGGAACCGUGUGAAGACACCGAUGUUUCCACGAGUGGUCCUGGCAAAAUACAUUUGACGCACGAAACGACGGACUCGUACCCGAUCCAAACGAUACACCACACUGCGAAAGACCAUGCUGGAAAGGCCUACCAGACUGGUGGAGACGACUAUACGUUUCAACAGACUCACGUGGCUGAAGACGCCUACCCAUCUCAACAGGCUCAUUCAACUGGAGAAGCCCACUCGACUGGACAGAUGCAUUCCACGGCUCAGACUUAUUCUGCUGAACAGACCCAUCCGAUUGAUCUCAUCCAUCCGUCUGAGCAGAUGUACACAACGGAGCAAACUUACGCGGCGGACCAGACUCACCCGUCGAAGCAUGUGUACUCAGCCGAGCAGACCCACCGGCUGGACCAGACUCACCCGUCGAAGCAUGUGUACUCAGCCGAGCAGACCCACCCGCUUGAGCUGGUUCUCCCGUCGAAGCAUGUGUACUCGACGGAUCACAUGUACCCAGUCGAGCAGACUCACCCGUCGAAGCAUGUGGACUCGUUCAAGCAUGUGUACACGACGGAGCAGACGCACCCGACGAAACAGACUCUUCCGAUCCACCACGAUUACUCCAUUGAGCAGACCCACUCGACUGAACAGACUCACCCAGCUAAACAAUCCCAUCAAGCUCAUGAUACCCACGACGCCUACCUGUCAACCCCAGCUUACAAGACGGAUCAGACGGACGUUUCCCCCGAUGUGAUUCCUGACAUCGUAACGCUGGUCCCUGAUAUCCUGACGCUGGUCCCUGAUGUCCUGACGCUGGUCCCUGAUAUCCUGACGGUCGUGCCAGACAUCCUGACGGUCGUGCCAGACAUCCUGACGGUCGUGCCAGACAUCCUGACGGUCGUGCCAGACAUCCUGACGGUCGUCCCUGACAUCCUGACGGUCGUCCCUGAUAUUCUCUCGGCGGUUCCUCAUAUUCUCUCGGCGGUUCCCGAUGUUAUCUCGGCGGUUCCGGGUCUUUUGAGUGAAAAUGCGGUGACCACAGAUGUACUACGUGAUAUUCCGACGCCGCCUGUCGCGCCGACGGAGGCUACGCGCUAA